UGUCACUACAAAUCAAGAUCAAGUUGAAUGGCAUAGAAAGUUUUCAUACAUGCAACUUUUUAAUUUGAAAGAGAAUCAGGAUCAUAGUUAAAGUCAUAAAAAUUGACUGUAUUGUUAGCUGUAGGCCUAUAGAUUUCAGACAUUGACAAAAUUGCAAAAAGAUCUCAGUGACAUUUGAGAUUAUAAAGAUGUUUGAGUCCCUGCAUCAUUUUAUUUUGGCAUGAAAAAAAUUACAAAUUUGACAAAAAAGCAAUAAUGAAGUAAAACAAGGUUCUGCACAAGUUUGUUUCUGAGAACACGACUGGUAAUUUGUUGCUGAGAAACCAGGAAUGUGCUACCGGUAUCACAAUUGCAUUUUGUGUAACAUAGACAGGACUCUUAAAGCUAUCAAAAACACAUAACCAACCAUUUUAAACAUCAGCAAUUUAACAUCAGAUAAGGUACCAAAUGUAAUGUGUUGUAGGCCUAAUGUAUUUAUUGAUGUAAGAAGACGGCUGUAGUAAUCUGAAGAUGUUUCGUCUGCCACUCCGGCAGAGAGUGAUUUUAAAAUCGGCGUACAGAAGUCACAUGAUGAAGAUGAACAGAUUAAAGCAUGUCUGGAGAAGUCAACUGGUGCGACAGAGUUUUUAUAGAUUAUUUUAAAGAUGAACAAAACCAUAAAUUUGUGCCAUCUUCUUCAGUUAUACCUAAAAAAGGCGAAGGAACAUAUUUUACCAAUGCUGGAAUGAAUCAGUUUAGGCCAUUAUUUCUUGGUGCUGUACCACCUGGAAGUGUCAUGGCUGACUAUAAACGUGUUGUUAACAGUCAGAAGUGUAUCCGUGUUGGUGGCAAACAUAACGACCUUGAUGAUGUUGGACAUGACCUUUCUCAUCACACGUUUUUUGAGAUGUUGGGAAACUGGUCGUUUGGUGAUUAUUUUAAGAAAGAAGCGUGCAAUAUGGCGUACAAAUUAUUAACAGAAGUUUAUCACUUGCCUCCAGAAAGAUUAUAUUUUACCUAUUUUAGCGGAGAAAAAGCUCUAAAUUUAUUACCGGAUGAAGAAUGUAGAUCUAUUUGGUUAGAGUUAGGCAUUCCAGACAGUCACAUCCUACCGUUUGGAAUGAAAGAUAAUUUUUGGGAUAUGGGGGAGACUGGUCCAUGUGGUCCAUGUACCGAGAUACAUUAUGACCAUAUAGGGAAAGGGGGAGGAGCUUCUCUGGUUAAUACAGGAUCAGCAGAUGUUGUGGAGAUAUGGAACCUGGUGUUUAUGCAAUAUAACAGAGAAUCUGAGGAUCGUUUGCAUCUGUUGACCAAUCAACAUGUUGAUACUGGAAUGGGUUUAGAAAGAAUGUGUGCUGUACUUCAUGGAACGAAAUCUAAUUAUAGAACAGAUUUAUUCACUCCACUAUUUGAUAUUAUACAUAAGAUAAGUAAAGUACCGGUGUAUGGAGAUAAAGUUGGUACGGACGAUACAACAGGCUUAGAUACAGCCUAUAGAAUACUAGCGGAUCAUAUGAGAAUGAUAUCAGCUACUUUAGCAGAUGGACUUCUACCAGAUAGAGUUGGGCUGGGAUCUAAGGUACGACAUGUGAUGCAUCGAGCUAUACAGCAGUCUAUAGAUGUCUUCCAUUGUGAUAAAACUCUUCUAUUAGCUCUUGUUGAUCAAGUCUCUGAUAGUCUGGGAGAUACUUAUCCAGAAAUAGCUAAGAAUAAGCAAAAGAUCAAGGAUGUAAUAUCACUAACAGAAGAUAAUUAUAAAAGAAAUAUAGAAAAAGGAACGAAAGCUUUUAAUAAAAUGAUGAACAGAGAAGGUGAUAUAAAAAAACUAACUGGUAAUAUAAUGUAUGAAUUACAUGAUGGUAGAUAUGGUUAUCAUGUACCAAUAGAUCUUAUAUUAGAUCUGGCUGCUGACAGAAACCUACAAGUAGAUGAAGUAGAUUUUGAAUCAAUCUUAGAGAGUAAAAAGGAUGGUUCCGGUCAUACACCAGAUCUAGCAGCAGACAAACAGACGCUGAAUGCUGAUAUUUUAGAGAAACUACGAUGUGAUAAAAUCAUGACUGACGAUUCUUAUAAAUACAGAUAUACAUCAAAAGAUAGAGAAUAUGAGUUUGAGAAUGUACAGGAAAUUACUAUAAAGCGAAUGAUUUGUGACGGGACCUUAACGAAGAAAAUAGAAGAGGGCACCACUGGUUAUGUUAUUGUUGAUAAAACAAACUUCUAUGCAGAGAGUGGAGGUCAGAGUUCAGAUACUGGUCAGAUUAUAACUAAGACAGGUAAAGGUGAUAUUACAGAUGUUCAGGUGUAUAAAGGUUAUAUAUUACACAAUGUCAAGGUCACAAAAGGUCAUCUUCUGGUGGAUGAGGAUUCUCAACUUCUUCUUAAUCAGGAUGCUCGUAAAAACCAUAUGCGGAAUCACACUGCUACACAUCUCUUGAAUUCAGCCAUUAAGAAAAUACUGGUUGAUGCACAACAAAAUGGUUCCGACAUCCAGGCUGAUAAAUUAUCUUUUGAUUUGACAUCCGUGGGUACAUUAAGUUUAGAGAAUAUUGGUAGAAUAGAAGAUACAGUGAAACAAUGUAUACAAGAUGGUUGUGCUGUAGAGAGACAGGUUAUGUCCUUAUCACAAGCCAUGAAUAUACCCGGAGUUAUCUCCCUUCAAAAUGAGGUUUAUCCUGAUGAAGUGAGUGUUAUAAAGAUAGGAGAUAAUGUUUCUACAGAAUUAUGUUGUGGAACACAUGUGACUAAUACAAGAGAUAUUAUAGAUUUCUGUAUCACCAAAUUAUCUGGUGUUUCUCAGGGUAAAAAGAGGGUUACCUGUGUUACUGGUGACAGAGCUACUCAGGCAGCUAAAAACAAGGCUUUAUUAGAGGAAAAAUAUACACAAUUAGAAAAUAACGUCAAAUCUCUACAUGGGUCACAAACGUGGACUCAAGAUCUUAAAGAUAUUUACAAGAUGUUACGACUAGAAUUACUACCUAAAGUCACACGAGAUGUUUAUCAAGUGGAGGUUGAUCAACUACAGUCUAUUAUUAGAACAGAAUUAAAUAAACAAACAGCUAAAUAUGUAACACAGCUUGUUGAAAGUGAAUUGUGUACAGAGAUUGACAAAAAUAUAAAAAUCAUCACAACUCUACUCACAAAUGAUAUAAAACUGGUGGCGAAGUCGAUAAAAGAUGUAGAAAUAUCAAAGCCUAUAAUUCUGAUGUCAGAUGAACAUAUCAGUCCAUCUUUGAUUUUAAUUUGUCUACCAUCUAAAUCCAAAGAUUUUCAUAGCAAGUUAAAGAAAAGUGAGAUAUCAGGGAAAAUAUCCCCAGUGUCGUCUACAGGUGAUCGAGAAAUAUAUAGUAUUAUAAAUAAAACUCUUCUAUCAUCAGAUAGCUUACAACAAAUACAAAAUACUUUAAUUGAUUUAAUCAUGAAUAACAGAUAGCAGUUUAAUAAAGUCAACUGAGAUUUA